UGCCAUUGCAGCAUUUGAAUGGAAUUGGGCCGGAAGCAGUUCAUGCACUUCGAGUCGGCCAACCACGCAGCAGAGGCCCUGGGCUGCGAGUAUGAGGAGCUGAACACGGCCACCUUCAAGCACCACCUGCGACAGAUCAUUGAGCAAGUGACGUCUGGGCCAAGCCGCCGGGGCCCGGAGGAUGAGGAGGCCAGCUCAGGGCUCAAGAUGACAGGAGUGGAGUGUGUGGAGGGCAUGGCCUCGGGCCUGUACCAAGAGGUCUUUGCCGCCGUGGUCUCGCUCAUCAACAGAUCCUUCUCCUCCCACCACCUCUCCAUGGCCUCCAUCAUGGUGGUGGACUCUCCAGGCUUUCAGAACCCCCGGCACCAGGGCAAAGACCGGGCCGCCACCUUUGAGGAGCUGUGCCACAAUUACGCUCACGAGCGCUUGCAGCUGCUUUUCUACCAGCGGACCUUUGUCUCAACGCUGGAGCGAUUCCAAGAGCCUGAAGACAAGCAGAGGGCGGCGGCUGCCUUCGCGCAGCUCCAGGGCGCCAUGGAGACGCUGGGCGUUUUGGAGAGCGAGCAGAGGGCCAUUUGGCGGGUGUUGGCAGCCAUCUACCACCUGGGUGCGGCGGGGGCCUGCAAAGUGGGCCGGAAGCAGUUCAUGCACUUCGAGUCGGCCAACCACGCAGCAGAGGCCCUGGGCUGCGAGUAUGAGGAGCUGAACACGGCCACCUUCAAGCACCACCUGCGACAGAUCAUUGAGCAAGUGACGUCUGGGCCAAGCCGCCGGGGCCCGGAGGAUGAGGAGGCCAGCUCAGGGCUCAAGAUGACAGGAGUGGAGUGUGUGGAGGGCAUGGCCUCGGGCCUGUACCAAGAGGUCUUUGCCGCCGUGGUCUCGCUCAUCAACAGAUCCUUCUCCUCCCACCACCUCUCCAUGGCCUCCAUCAUGGUGGUGGACUCUCCAGGCUUUCGGAACCCCCGGCACCAGGGCAAAGACCGGGCUGCCACCUUUGAGGAGCUGUGCCACAAUUACGCUCACGAGCGCUUGCAGCUGCUUUUCUACCAGCGGACCUUUGUCUCAACGCUGGAGCGAUUCCGAGAGGAAGAUGUUCCUGUGCAGUUUGACCUCCCGGAGCCGUCCCUGGGGACCACGGUGGCUACUGUGGAUCAGAGUCCCUCGCAGGUCCGCUUGCCAGCCGGAGGAGGUACUGAGGACGCCAGGGGCCUCUUCUGGGUCCUGGAUGAGGAGGUCCGGGUGGAGGGUUCCGGGGACGGCGUGGUGCUCGAGCGCCUCUGUGCCGCCUUUGAGAAGAAAGGCACUGAAGCUGAAGGGACCUCUGCCCUCCGGACCUGUGAGCAACCCCUGCAGUGCGAGAUCGCCCACCAGCUGGGACACGACCCCGUGCGCUAUGACCUCACGGGCUGGCUCCACAGGGCCAAGCCUAAUCUUUCGGCCCUGGACGCCCCCCAGGUCCUGCAGCAGUCGAAGAGGGAGGAGCUGAGGGGCCUGUUCCAGGCCCGGGCCAAGCUGUCCCCUGUGUGCCGGGCCGUGGCCGGCUUGGAGGGCACCUCCCAGCAGGCCCAGCAGAGGAGCUGCAUGGUGCGGAGGACGUUUGCCAGCAGCUUGGCUGCGGUGAAGAGGAAGGCCCCGUGCUCCCAGAUCAAGCUGCAGAUGGAUGCAUUGAUCAGCGUGAUCAGACGGUCUCAGUUACACUUCAUCCACUGCCUGGUGCCGAGCCCAGUGGUGGAGAGCAGAGGCGGGCAGGGGUCUCUGACUCCACCGCAGCCUGGUAGAGACAAGCCCGGGGCAGGCGGGUCCCUGCCCUUGGACAUCCCGGCACUGAGGGUGCAGCUUGCAGGGUCCUACAUCCUGGAGGCGCUGCGCCUGCACAGGGCAGGCUACGCUGACCACAUGGGGCUCACUCAGUUCCGCCGAAGAUUUCAGGUGCUGGACCCUCUGCUCAUGAAGAAGCUCAUGUCGGCCCCCGAGAGAGUGGAUGAGAAGACGGCUGUGGCAGAGCUCCUGCAGACCCUGGAUCUGGAGAAGAAGACAGUGGCCGUGGGGCACAGCCAGGUCUUCCUCAAGGCGGGCGUGGUCUCCAGGCUGGAGAAGCAGCGGGAGAAGCUGGUGUCUCACAGCAUCAUCUUGUUCCAGGCGGCUUGCAAGGGCUUUCUGUUUCGCCAGGAAUUCAAGAAGCUGAAGAUUCACCGGCUGGCUGCCCAGUGCAUCCAGAAGAACGUGGCUGUGUUCCUGGCGGUCAAGGACUGGCCGUGGUGGCAGCUCCUGGGUUCCCUUCGGCCCCUGCUGAGUGCCACCAUCGGGGAGGAGCAGCUCCGCGCCAAGGAGGCGGAGCUUACAGCGCUGAGACAGAAGCUAGAGAAGUCAGAGAGGUCUCGGAAUGAUCUCCGGCAGAACACAGACCUGCUGGAGAGCAAGAUUGCUGAGUUGACCACAGAGCUGGCCGACGAGCGCUUCAAAGGGGACGUGGCCUGCCAGGUGCUGGAGAGUGAGCGGGCAGAGCGGCUGCGGGCCUCCCGGGAAGUUCAGGAGCUAAAGAGCAAGUAUGAGCAAGUCCAGAAGAAUUUGGGAGAAGUGGAGAAGCAGUUGGAAGAAGCCCAGCAGAAAAUUCGCUUGAAUGAUUUGGAAAGGAGUCACACUGGAGGAGCGGACGAGUGGCAGAUGCGCUUCGACUGUGCUCAGAUGGAGAACGAGUUCCUCAGGAAGCGUCUCCAGCAGUCCGAGGAGAGGCUGGACUCGGAGCUGGCGUCUAGGAACGAGCUGGAGCAGAAGCUUGGGGAGCUGCAGAGUGCUUACGAGGGCGCCAAGAGGAUGGCCCAGCAGCUGAAGAGGAAGUGCCACCACCUGACCUGCGACCUGCAGGACACCCACUUCCUGCUGGAGAACCAGCAGAGCCGAAACCACGAGCUAGAGAAGAAGCAGAAGAAGUUUGACACGCAGCUGGCCCAGGCCCUGGGAGAGUCCGUGUUUGAGAAGGGCCUCCGCGAGAAAGUGGCCCAGGAGAACACCAGCGUCCGGUGCGAGCUGGGCAAGCUUCAGCAGCACCUGAAGCGAAAGGAGCAAGAAACCUUGCAGCUGAAGCAGGACGUGGAGAAGCUGCAGGCCCAGAAGCAGGAGCUGCUGGGGUCACCCUCUCUGGGGGAGAAUUGCAUUGCGGGCUUGAAGGAGAGGCUCUGGAAGCUGGAAUCCAGUGCCCUCGAGCAAGAGAAAAUCCACAAGCAGCAGGAAAACACCAUCAAGCAGCUGGAGCAGCUCCGCCAGCGGUUUGAGCUGGAGAUUGAACGGAUGAAGCAGAUGCACCAGAAGGACCAAGAGGACAAGGAGGAGGAGAUGGAGGACAUCCGCCAGUCCUGCCAGAAGCGGCUCCGCCAACUGGAAAUGCAGCUGGAGCAAGAAUAUGAGGAGAAGCAGAUGGUCCUCCAUGAGAAGCAGGACUUAGAAGGCUUGAUCGGAACCCUCUGUGAUCAGAUCGGCCAUCGGGACUUUGAUGUGGAGAAGCGUCUUCGGAGGGACCUCAGAAGGACUCACGCACUAUUGUCAGACGUGCAGCUCCUGCUGGGGACCAUGGAGGACAGCAAGACGUCGGUCAGCAAGGAGGAGCUGGAGAAAGUGCAAAGCCAGCUGCAGCAGAGUGAAGCCAAGUGUGAGGAUGCCUUGAAGACCCAGAAGGUGCUGACGGCCGACCUGGAGAGCAUGCACAGCGAGCUGGAGAGCGUGACCCGCAGCAAGAGCCUGGUAGACGAGCAGCUGUACCGGCUGCAGUUUGAGAGGGCGGACCUCCUGAAGCGCAUCGAUGAGGACCAGGACGACCUGAACGACCUCAUGCAGAAGCACAAGGACCUCAUUGCUCAGUCUGCUGCCGACAUUGGGCAGAUCCAGGAACUGCAGCUGCAGCUAGAGGAAGCCAAGAAGGAGAAGCACAAGCUUCAAGAACAACUGCAGGUGGCCCAGAUGCACAUUGAGUACCUGGAGCAGUCCACAGUGGACCGAGCCAUCGUCAGCAGGCAGGAGGCGGUCAUCUGUGACCUGGAGAACAAGACGGAGUUCCAGAAAGUGCAGAUCAAGAGAUUUGAGGUCCUGGUGAUCCGGCUUCGGGACAGCCUGAUGAAGAUGGGUGAGGAGCUCUCACAGGCAGCCACGGCCGAGUCCCAGCAGAGGGAGAGCAGCCAGUAUUACCAGCGGCGCCUGGAGGAGCUGAAGGUGGACAUGGAAGAGCUGGUGCAGCGGGAGGCCGAGGCCAGCCGGCGGUGCGUGGAGCUGGAGAAGUACGUGGAGGAGCUCGCCGCAGUGAGACAGACCCUCCAGACAGACCUGGAGACGUCCAUCCGGCGGAUCGCCGACCUGCAGGCAGCCUUGGAAGAGGUGGUGUCCAGCGACAGCGACACGGAGAGUGUCCAGACAGCAGUGGAUUGUAGCGGCAGUGGCAGAAAAGAGACAGAUAAUGUCUCCAUCCUCAGCUCCCAGCCAGAGGGCAGUCUGCAGUCCUGGUUGAGUUGUACUCUGUCCCUGGCCACAGACACGGUGAGGAGCCCCUCCCGACAGUCAGCCACCAGCAGCUGUAUCCUCAGCCCCAGGAUCCAGGAGGAGGCCGGCGACGGGGCCCGGGACGCCCACGGCAGGACCUUGGGGGACAAGGUCGCGUCCCCGCUCUCCCUCCGCCGAGGAAAGUACGGCCACUUUGGGGACGGCGAAGAGUGUGGCGUCCAGAGAAAGCCCCCAGAGAGGUCGGGCACGCCGUCCUCCUCCCCGAGUGGAGACGCGUCCCCGCGGCCCAGGGACAAGCUGCCCAGCCCGUCGGCCGCCCUGUCGGAGUUCGUGGAAGGGCUGCGGAGGAAGAGAGCGCAGAGGGGCAGGGGGUCGCCGCUGGGCCUGGAGGACUGGCCCACUCUCCCCAUCUACCAGACCACCGGGGCGUCCACGCUGCGGAGGGCCAGGACCGGCAGCGACGAGGGCGCUCUGGCUCUGAGGGCUGGGGCCGAGUCUCCCCUGGACGCGUCGGCCGGGCUCCUGCGGUCCACCAGCCUGAAGUGCAUCUCCUCCAAGAGCGUGGGGGGCCCCAGCCCGCCGCCCGAGAAGCUGAAGACCCGCUUCAGUUCCUGCGAGUCCCUCCUGGAAUCGGGGCCCGGCUCGCGGAGGACCCCGAGCUCCCCGACGGCGCUUAGGCGCUCGUUCUUGUCGCCCACGCUGCGCCCGCGGAGGCGCUGUCUGGAGUCCUCGCUGGAAGAUGCGGGCUGUCCGGACCUCGGGAAGGAGCCGCUCGUCUUCCAGAACCGCCAGUUUGCACACCUGAUGGGGGACCCCCUGGGCAGCGACCCAUUCAGCUGGAAGGUCCCGAGCCUCAACUAUGAACGCAAGACCCAAGUGGGUUUCGAUGACUUCCUCCCGGCCAUCCGGAAGCCGGAGACGCCUACGUCCUUGGCCCGAGCGGCCAGAGAUGGGCAAGACAGCUCACAGCGUUCAGGCGUCCACUUUGAGACGGAAGAGGCCGACAGGGGCUUUCUCUCAGGGAUCACCACCGUUUUGAAAAAGAGCCCGGAGCCCAAGGAGGACCCCGCUCACCUCUCCGACUCAUCCUCCUCCUCCAGCUCCAUCGUGUCCUUCAAAAGCGCCGAUAGCAUCAAGAGUCGGCCGAGAAUCCCACGGCUGGAGGGUGACGGUGGUGAGAGAACAUCCCCCGAGAUCGAAGAGCCAGGGGCGGGGAGGAAAGCGGAGGAUGUUGAGAGCAUCAUGAAGAAAUACCUACAGAAGUAGGAGCCAGCUCAGCCUCCUGCGACACACUGCCCUCCUUGAAGACUUCCUGACUCCACGACUUUCCAGAGAGAGAGACAAAGACCAGCCAGGCCUCCCCGGGGGCCUCGAGUCCACAGCCAGUGUGGCCGCCCUCAAGAGGCCAGGGGGGGCCCAGCAGAGGCACAUCCCAUGGGGCGUGGGGCUCCCAGCAUGCUAGGUCUGUACCAAAUAAAGUGUUGGCUUCUUGGCA